GACGCGGACGCAUCAGGGAAUGCCAAAGAGAUUUCUUUGCUGAGAACUCAGACCACCACACACCGCCGGGCCGACCAGAAUACCGCCAUGGAGUGUUCAAUCAGCGUGCAACUGAUGUGUCCCGGUGGAGGCAUGUGCUCAUCACCCUGAUGAAUCGCAUCAGCGUGUUUGAGAACAUGUAUAUACCCGGAGCCUGUCCGACCUCGCGUGCACCGCCUGCUAUCGACCUCUUUUGAUCAGUGAUCUGGCGACCUGUUUACCGAGUGCCCUUACAUUGCUCUCGUCUUGACACAUUGACACAGUUCAUCAUGUCUGCAGAGCUAUACCGCACGAUGAGCGUCAAGCAGACCGCGAUGGCUGCGACUGCAUUGCCUCUCGAGAUUCAGCAACAGAUCUUCAACUACUUGGACACACGGUCAUUCUACUCUGCUAGGAAAGUCUGCAGAUAUUGGUCGUUCGCUGCAACGGCGAGUGAUACUCUCAGAAAGCAGCUGCGGAGAAUGCCUGUUUUGCCUUCAGACGAUGCGCAGGAAGCCGAGCCAGUUGACCUCCAAUCCGCGUUCAACAAAGCCGCGCGGUGUCUGAUGUACGGAAUUUCCACUGAGCGCGCACACGACACCCCAGCAAGCCUAACGAAAGGCUCGAAAAUGGGAUUUCCCGUAUCACCUCGAGUUAUCGCGACUCCAGACGGAAACACCCUGGUCACCUUGAACGGUCGACAAAUAUCGCUCUAUGAUACCUCGAAUCAAUCGCCGAGAUUAAAGGCUCGCAGAAGCCUGAACGAUUUGAAAGAGACUGUAGGAUCUGGACCAUGGCUCAAGGUCAACAGCAAUACCUAUAACGAAAUGGCGCUGUCUUCGAAUGGAUCUCUAUUGGCUGUGGCUCAGGAACGCACUAUUCAGAUCUACGACCUCAAUGCCGAUCCGGACAGCUUCACUGUCAAUGAGUAUGUGGCUAGCGCAACAGGCCAUUAUAUUUGUGGCAUCGACUUCGAGCAGAACGAUCAUCUGUUGCGGGUGCGAUUGAGCGGUAAGGGCACAGUGGUCUACCUGGGCACUCCUGCUCCUGCAGGAAAAGAAGAGCAGCCAGCGGAUUUGGAACACUGGAAGAGCAAGGCUGGUCUGAGGCAUGUGUUCCUCGACUCUUCGCUUUUGUUGGCGAGAGCUGGUGAAGUUGGCACAUCGGACCCUACAAAGCGCGUGUCAGGCGUACAAUUGCUAGGAGCAUUCGAGCAAGGAUACCUCUUUGCUGGGCAACAGCAUGGCGGUGGCGAGAGCAGCCAUUAUAUCCUGGGCCACGUGCAAACCACGACUGCGCACAACUUCGGUAUCAUGACGACCCAGCCCGAGACGGUCUGUAUCCUGGCUCGAUUGGAGAGUUUCCUCAGCAGCUGGAAAUACACUCUCGAAGCCUCCACGGAAGGUGGCCUAGGAGGGUGGGAGAAUAUGCCUUCUGCUCACGAGCAUCAUCCACGCUUCGCCAUCACGACUGGGGGAUGCUUCGAUUUCCUCGCACUUGCCGAAAGGGACAAGAAGCGCAUUCGCCCAGCACCAUUGACCCAGCUGUUCCUUUAUCGCAUCCCAGCACCUUCACAGCUUCGUUCAAUGAUCGCUGCGCACAAGCAAUCGUACGCACGAAAGGCGGGCUCGUCGGAUGACAUGGAUUGGAGUGUUGCGGAAACUGGGAAGCCAACGAGGACGUUCUUCGAUGUGCCAAGAAUACCGUUAUGCCUGACGACUGUGGAGAACGAUGUGACGGAUCUCGGGUUCUCCGUCAUCGAUGACAGGACGUGUGCUUUGUCAGCUUCGACGAAAGAGACCACGAGGACCUGGAGGAUUCACGAGAGAUGAUGGGUUGGAAACAACUGGCGAGCUUAGGCAAACGAAUCGACAUGGUUUCAUCAGCUCUGCACCUCGGCGAUCUUGUAAUCAUUAUAUUUCAUCUGCAUGAUAGAUGACGUGCCAACUGGGUUGGACUCAGAACAAAGUACACCAGUUCUAGAAUCUCAUCAGUAGUGGAGACAGCUCCUCUCUGCCUCUGCACUUUGCGGAGUUAGAGAACGGGCCAAAGAGUAAAGACUCCGUGCGGGCUCGCUCGGAUGCAUAGGGA